CAUUAUGUUCAUCCAAUAUUGUGUUCUGGUUGCGCAACAUACGGGCAGCAGACAUUUAAAACCAAUGGAUCCUAGACCUGCUCCCUGCAUAGCAGUUGCCUUUCGAACAUAUGCAAAUACCCGGUCUUCCUACCCUUGAGAAUAAUGGCACUGAAAUCGCUCCCCCAAGCGCCCCUGGCCUACAUCUUCAAUUUUAUGGUACGGACCGGCCACCGCUGGCUCAAUCUGGCCAGGGCCAGUUCUCGCAUGCCCAAGCUCUCCGAGAGUAGCUAUGGGGUGCCUCAAACUGUGCCAGGUCUGAACGGUUCGCCUUUCGUCUCGGAUCUCGAAAAACUCCCCUAUACAAACUCCCUCCAUCAUAACCUGCUGUAUGGAUACCGACCGGAGUUGCAGAGGUGCGAGCUUGGCCAGCAGGCGACGGCAUUGAUGGCUCUCGAGCCAAGGCAACGAAUUUGCUUUUACCCGGGCAAAAUCCACGGUGGUUACCAGGCAUUCCUUUUGGACCAGUUGUUUGCAGACUGCUGCAAGCCUGCCGUCACGGCCAAUUUGUCAGUGGACUUUAAGCGUCCAAUCCAACCCAAUUCUAGACUAAUUCUCCACGUGUGGCCUGUGAAAAUCGAAGGUCGCAAAAUUUUUAUGGAGGGAUCAAUUCAGGUCGACGACCAGUUGGGUGAGAGGCUGCUCUGUGCCAGUGCCUCUGCGCUCUUCAUUGUCCCCCGCUGCUAGCGGCACGUACAACUCUCCUACAUAAAAUAUUGUCUCAGAAUCUCAAUUCUUCGAAGAUUUCUCAGUUGACUAGCAAACCACAUCCGCUGUUAGACUAGAAAAGAUGGCCGG